GCCAUUUCCUUCCUAGAUGGCUCACCCGCCUUCCUGGUGGGGCAGGUUACGGGGCCCUCAGGUUCAUGUCUUAUAUGGUUGGGAUCCAAGAAGGACCUGGCCAAGAGGAUGGUCAAGAACACCGAGCUUGACUUCUGUUUAAAUUCUACGUCUGCCUAGCUCAGGACUCUGGGAGAGGCUCUGCCUAAGCCGAUGGGGAUGAUGGUCUAAACUCGUUCUGAGACUGUUCAGCAAAAGACUAGGUAUGACUCUUUCUGAACCCAAGGUCCCAUUAUUGAGUCCUAUUUUCCAAGUUAGCAGGUGCUGGGCUGUGAGAUUUUGAUCUCUGAUUGACAGCAUAUUAAGUACCCCUUUACAUCCUAAGCACAAAAUGCCACUGGAUAAGAUUGAUGUCCCCAAUGCCCAAAGGCCCACGACAAAACUUGUAAGGGUUUGAACUUCUGCUCAGGGUCUGGAGAUCCAAGCUGAUAAGCUUGGCUUCCUUGGGUUCCUUGUAUUCCUGGGUUAGAAGGGUUAUCUCUUUGUUUGUUUGUUUGUUUGUUUGUUUGUUUGUUUGGCUGGUUGGUUUUUGCUUGCUUCUGUCUUCUCUUUUGCUUCCUUCCAACCUGAACCUAGGAGACCAAAUACGUAAGUCAAGUUCAAUGGAGCCCCAGCGAUGAGCACUUACUCACAUAUUCUCUAUGGACACUCCCCUGCUGUAGUUGGUGGAGUAGAGUUGUACCACAGAUGGUAUGGCCCAGAAAGCUUAAACGUAUUUGCUGUCUGGCUCCUUAGGGGAGAGCUUGCCAGCUUUGGCUCUGGGAGGUCUGUGGGGGCCAUUUGUCCUUUUAUAGACAUUCAUCCAAAAGUUGACAGGGAGAUACAGUAUUUAUUUUUUAAGAUCUUGGAAGCUCUGGCAGGCUGGAACGCUAUAUAGUCCCCCAGCAUCUUCAGUCCUGUCCCCAAAGGAAGGGCUUCCAAGGGGCUUACAGCACCCCAAGAGAACUCAGUCCCUGUUACCUCUUUGAUCCAUCCUGUCACUGCCGUCUAUACCCGGCACUGUCACAGCAUCACCCUGAUGUCUGAGACUGGAGAGCUGUCUUGGUUUCUUUCUCCUCAGUGUGAACUCUUUCAUGAGAAUCGUGACUCUGUGCCACCUUUACAGGACAUUUGGGUCAUCCUUGGUCUGUUAGCAUAGGACAAUGUCAGGCUAACUUCGGAGACCACAGACUCCUAGCCUCAUCUUCUCUCUCUCAUCCCAGCGUCACUUUCCAAAAGACAUGUUUGGAGUUGAGACAAGACCCGUCUGCCAGAUCUAAUUGAAACUUUUGUGCGUCUCUCCAAGAGGCUCCUUUGGAGACAAAAGCCUUCUUUAUCAGGCCUUCGUCCCCUCUGGGGACAGGACAUUGUUUUUCUUGCAGUUUGGAGCCAGCGUGUUAUCCAGAUGGCUUUACCUCUGUCUGAAACAAGGUGUACAUGGGAUUCAGAGGCAGUCAUUACCUCCUGCCUUGUUUUUAUUGCUGCCUUGUUUUGUCUAGACCAAGCCAUCGCUGCACGGAAUCUGGCUGCUGUCUACCGGGAAGCUGUGUGUGUGUGUGUGUGUGUGUGUUUGUAUAGACUGAGGGCCUGACAGGGGCUGGGAGGCACCUGUCCAUCCCUGAGGAAUCUUACUCUUCCAGCCAGCUUUGGGUUUUCUGCUUCCUUCCCCAAGCCUAAAACAGGCACACUGUUGUUCUUUGGAAUGAGCGUCUUUCUUAGAUGCUUUCCUAAAGGGAGAACUGGCAGCCGCCCCCGAGGAGGAAAUGAUCACACGGAUCCAGUGCACUGGGUGCUCCUUCUAUCUGAGGACCUGUCUUGAAGGAGAGAAAUGGAAUUCAGAGUUGGGGACUUCCAAAAGUGGGAGCUAGCGAUUCUCCCAAGAGCUAGCUUAUGCAGUGUUCGCAGACCUAUAUUCUGAGGGUGAUGGGAUGCUGCUGAUGGCAGCCAAGGGGGCGAUGGUGACAAUGUGUAGUUCCUUCCAUUUGUUUUGGGGCAAUGUUUUUCUGCCCUGGUUGCACAUUAUAAUAGAAUCUCCUUGGAGUUUGAAAAAGUACCUGUAAUAGAACUCCACCCCUAACCAAUUAUUUUAAACUCUAAUGAUGAUGCUCUGACGUUGGUGAUUUUUUUUUUUUACAAGCGCCUCAGAAAUAUUCUUAGCCAGGGCCAAGAACCACUUAUGUGCUCUGCAGCCCGUGAUUACGGUAGCUGUGGCUUUAAUCCCUGCAACAGUGCAGGAAGUUCAGAAUCAAUACGCUCCCUUUUGUCCCAGAACUGAGUCCUCGGUGACUGGCUGAAGGCAGAGCGUAGCCCCUAUGCCUUGUCUAGUAGCCCCAGAGAGAGAUGGCCGUCUGGACCUUAGAGCCAUGCCCGCUGCUCACAGCACACCUCUACCUUCUCAUAGCCCGGCUCUAGUCACCCGCUUUCCCCACUUCAAGAAAUUCUUACCUUCUUUACACGCACCUGAAUCACAUGGGCUGUGACCCCCCCAACCUCACCUCUUGAUGCCUCUCCCCCUCUCCCUCGCUCUCACAGUAUGAGGGACUGACCGAGGUCCUUGUGCAUGCUAGGUAACUGAUCUAGUCCUUUUCCUAUCCUGAGACAGGAUCUCACUAAGUUGCCCAGGCUGGCCUUGAAUUCAUUUUGCAGCUCAGGCAGGCCUUGAAUUUUUUAAUUAUUAAUUAAUUAAUUCAUUCAUUUUAAUUCUUCUGCCCCAACCUCCUGGGAUUCAUAAUCUUGAACCACCAUGUCUGGCAUACCAGUUUCAUUUCAGUCAACUCUUGGAUCAAAUACAAAACAACCCUAUAUAAUUCCAAAACUGCCUAGACUGACCAGAAGCCAUUGUAUUGGGUGGCUUCUCUGAUAAAAUCUGAGAGCCCAUUGCACUGGGCGGUCUUCAUGUACAGGGGCAGUCUGGGAAGUGAGGCCGUCCUAUUCUUCUACAAAGACUGGAGUCAGGUGGGUAGCAGGAUGGCAGGUGAGGAAGGCUCUGCUGGCUCUGUCAGUGGGGGUGGGUCUAUAGGCUUCACUCUAUUUUCGUACUAGGACCCGUGAUGUUAUCAUCAAGGGUAAAGACUGCAAAAGUGGCCACUUCCAAUUCUUCUAGACUUGGUUGCUCUGACUAGACCGGGUGGGGCUACUAUAGUUCCUGGGCUAAUGAUAGCAGGAUUUCCCUUUGAGUGGAACUGAUCUGGGGGACCUCCUUGCUGAGGGGGAGGGCUGGAAGGGACCCUUAGCACAGAGUGGACUCCAGCACUUGGGGCUGGGUUUCGAGGAAGAAAGAAAUGCUAGAGAAACCUUUGUGGCACCAUGUUGAGAGGCUCCUAUCUUGGCCGUGCUGAACUGGGAUUGAAUUCUGAUGCCACUGCUUUGCAGCAAUAAGGCCUUGGGUAAGUGGCAUCAUCUCAGACUGGCUUUGCAUUUAUGAGGAAGAUGGUGUGGUACUUACCUCAGAGGAAGAAUUAAUCGGUGAUCUAGGCACAGCAUUAGCAUGCUGUUGCUCAUUCUGGAAGUGUUGUCUAUUAUGGCUGUUGUCAUUUUACCCAUGAGACUAAGGGCAAAGUUGCAAGACAUAUUCUUGCGGGCACAGAUCACCUGAGGAUGGGAUCUUGACUGGGUCUAUGGCGCGCCUUCUCCUGAAAUGCUGAAAAUGAAAUGGGCUUCCCCUUUUGCCUCUCUCACUUUCCAGCCGCUGUCCUAGAGAAGAGGCAAGGCCAGCUGUAGGAAAGACAUGCUAAAGAGAGACACUUGUGACCUUCCCUGUGACUUUCAGACCGUUGAAACAAUGGUCCCCCGAAAGACUGGAUUUGUCCCAGGAAUCUCAUGCUAAGAGAAGGAAGGGCUGUUGACUCCCAGGAAGGAAUCAUAUGACAACCUUGCAGGACAGACUGGAGACAGCGCUGAUGGACAGGGCUGCUGGCUACACAUGCCUUUUGCCCUCUAUUUAAACAUCAACCUUAUGUCCUGAUCCCAAAGACAGACCUGGGGAGUCACUAGGCCUCUUUGUUCUUUUUCUUCAUAUGGUCACGUUGAUUAAAUUCCCCAGCCCCUUAUUUUUAAACUUUCCUGUAUCACUGUUUAAUUGGCCGACUAGGGACGUGUGCAAAGCCUAGCUAGUUAGGGCUACUGGGGCCCAGGCUCUGACUGGGGCCCAGGCUCUGACCGUAACACCUCCAGUAACAGAGUAGCUGAGGGGCCCAAUCUAUUGUGCUCUGCUGCGCCACGUUGUUGGAUUUUAAAUAGAAGGCUUCCCACAGGUCACAGAGGUCUGCAGUAUAGUCCUGACAUAAGUUAAGAGACAAAGGGAAACCUCUGAGCUGGCAGCACCAGAGUGUUCCCACAGACACAUUUGUGAGCCCAGGUAGAUAGAUGUGCCGAUGGCAGAGAUAGACACAGUGCAUCUGCCCCAGGCAAGAUGCCACUUAAGAAAAAGGAGCAGGUUCAAGACAGCGAUAGGAAGUCUGGUUGCAAAAGUCAGACUCAUGGGCUUCCAUUCCACCCACUGCUAGUAGAAGCACCAAUAAACAGAGAGGUGAGGCUUCAACCUUCUCAGCUUGACCUUGAUCUGAUGGACUAAGUUCCUUGGAAAGUGACAGAAGCAAACACAGUCUACUUGGAGUGAUUGCUGUUGAUCUACUGAAGUUCCGGGUAGAUAUGCCUGGCUCGGGCAGUGCCUUCAUCCCCACCAUCAACGCCAUCACCACCAGCCAGGACCUGCAGUGGAUGGUACAGCCCACAGUGAUUACUUCCAUGUCCACUCCUUAUCCACGCUCGCAUCCCUACAGCCCCCUCCCAGGCCUAGCCUCAGUCCCUGGGCACAUGGCUCUCCCCAGACCCGGCGUGAUCAAGACCAUCGGUACCACUGUGGGCCGCAGGAGAAGAGAUGAGCAGCUGUCUCCUGAAGAAGAGGAGAAGCGCCGGAUCCGGAGGGAGAGAAACAAGCUGGCUGCAGCCAAGUGUCGGAACCGUCGCCGUGAGCUGACGGAGAAGCUGCAGGCGGAGACAGAGGAGCUGGAGGAGGAGAAGUCUGGCCUGCAGAAAGAGAUUGCUGAGCUACAGAAGGAGAAGGAAAAGCUGGAGUUCAUGUUGGUGGCCCACGGCCCUGUGUGCAAAAUCAGCCCCGAGGAGCGCCGCUCUCCCCCGACCUCUGGGCUGCAGUCCUUGCGUGGCACAGGUGGCCCUGUGGUGGUGAAGCAGGAGCCUCUGGAAGAGGACAGCCCCUCCUCCUCAGCGGGGAUGGACAAGACCCAGCGUUCUGUCAUAAAGCCCAUCAGCAUCGCUGGGGGCGGCUUCUACGGCGAGGAGCCUCUGCACACUCCCAUCGUGGUGACCUCCACACCUGCCAUCACUCCGGGCACUUCAAACCUUGUCUUCACCUACCCCAGCGUCCUGGAGCAGGAGUCUCCCGCCUCGCCCUCGGAGUCCUGCUCCAAGGCUCACCGCAGAAGCAGUAGCAGCGGGGACCAGUCUUCAGACUCCUUGAACUCCCCGACACUGCUGGCCCUGUAACCCCGAGCUCCUCUGGCCUGGAGGAGUCAUCAUCAUUGCCACACCCUUCCCGGGGACCAGCACCUUGAAGCACUCCAGGGCCAUGAGGGCAAAAGGGCCAACCCUGGCCCUGGGGACCCAACUGGACUCAGUGGUGAGACACUGUUUGAUCUCUUAGAAGCCCCGGGACACCCCUCUCCCUCAUUCGUCUCGCAAGCAAAUCUUCUUUCUUGAGAAGCCGCAGAGAACUUGGUUUGGUGGACCCAGACAUCUCUCCUGCUUCUGAAGCACCCGGAGCUGGCCCGGAUGGUUCCUGUCCCUUUGUUGCUCUGUUGUCUCUGGAGUGACGGUGUCCUUUCCUGCCCCACCAAGCAUGCUCGGUGCCUUUUGGUUUCCCCUCCUUCCCCCCAGUAUCGGUUUCACUCCCUGUGGGUUUUUAAUGAGAUUUGCCAUGACAUUUCAUCUGGGUGGUCCAGAUAUUAAAGCGGCUUUUCUUUCUGGAGCUGGGGAGCAGGUGACUCUUCCACCAAGACGGACAUGUCCCGAAGGGGCAGUCAAAGUGCAAUAUUAUUGAACCUUCCCUCCCUACACACCCCAGUGCGCUGCUGUCACAGGCCACCGUGGGCUCCCCGAGUUCUGCAGGUGACGCUGCCGUCACUGGGAUGCGCCAAGGACCUUUCCCCCCACCAGUCUCGGAGAUGCCCAUCUCUUUGAGGAUUGGCUUGGCCAGAAGACGGGGCGUGAGUGCGACAACCAGGGCACGGGCUGGGUUUGCCAAACGCCUAAUUACCAAGGCAGGAUUGGUGCCAACAAAGCCACAUGGCUCUCCCAGAGAGCCUCCCUUCACCUGGUGUCUUGAGCUGGGCAUCUCUUACAAUUACUGCCUCGCUGUUCUGCCUGCCCCUGGACCCUUCUCUCCAGACCUGGGUGGCACCCCUUCCUGGAAUCCACACAUCACUCCAAGGCCCUGCUGGGUUCUGCCCGUCCCCAACUUUCACGGUGACACCACCCAUGGAUAUUUAAUGAGCAUGGGAUAUGGGGGGAGAGGGGUUGCAGGAAGCUGUGGUAGGGAUGGUUUUGGCAACGGAGGUGGCCACAGGUACCUAGCUUCCCCUGGCUGCUGCUUGAUCAGUGAGGUUCAGGAGCACACACACACCCCUCGGUGGUCUCUCUGCCACUGAUUAAUCGAGUGCUUUUCCUUCCAUGAUCCCCUGGGACCACUCCAGAAUGACCUCCUGACCCAGCAGGCCAGUCUGGAGUCAUUGGUCUCAGCCAGUCCUGCUAGGGCUUGGAGUGUCUACGCCAUUGCUUUCAAAGCUAGUGUGUGUCCCUUCCCACCGCAAAAGAACCAUCCUUCUCACCGGUGUCUUGGCCUCUAGCAAGGGCACAGCCUUGCACCCACCUCCUGUCCCUUCCUCCCCACUGCAUGUUGACACAAUCGCGGGAAAUGGCGUCUGGUCAGAACUGGUUUCUAGUACUUCUGCUCUAGAUCCUUGUCCACCUGCCUAAAACCGUGUUACCUGGAUCAAAGCCCAAUGGUGACAGUCUGGCUUUUGGAAGAGAAGGGAUAGUAGCUUCAUAGACCUCUGUCCUUCUCAGCCCAAGUUCACAUGUGCUGGCCACCGUGUAAUCCCAUACCCCGGUUACAUGCGUGCAGAACACACAGGACACAGGACACAGGAGCCAUGUGAGAAGCAUUUGCAGCCCAGCAGAGCUGAAAGGAGCAGGGCUUGGCUAGAGGGGUGGAAGGAGAACGGUAUGCUCUUUCCCGUAUGCCUUCGCGCUUACUCUGCCAUUCUGGUCUCCCAGAGCCACUGGGAGGAGACUGAACAGGUGGCUUCCUGACCUCAGAGCCCUGCUAGAAGCAGAAGGCAGCCGAGCCAGGAGUAGAGGAGUUGGGUAACUACUCUGGGAGAUCUCAGUUGAGAAGCUGAAUCAUCUCAAGCCAAGUGGGAGUGCCUUUCCUCUUGCUUAUAGGCAUUUCUGAAAUGAAGCUGCUUCCUGUUCUUUUAUUUCCCAAAACCCCUUUCUGCUUAUAGCAUGGAUCCCAACCCAGGUCACAGGCCUGUGACUGGUGCCCCCGGUUGGACACUCCUGAGACCCCCAAGUCUGGCUUCUAGUUCAGAUUUCAAGCUGUGUUGACAUCAGUGCCAGAAAGCAUGGCCAGCUAACCCGGACCUCUGAGGUCAUCUUCCUUCCCGACCUGCUUGCUUUGUCCUACAAGACUUCUUGGCUUGUCCAAAACAGAGAUUUUGGAGUGGGGAUCCGGGGAAGGAGAGGGUGGGAGCUGGAUAUUUACACCUAAGCUGAGGGUAUAACCUCGGUCCGCUUCCUUCUGGCUCGCUGUCCAAGUUCAGUCACAUACACGGCGCUCACACAUGUGCUCCAGAAUCAGGCGCCUGGCUUGCUGGCCUUCCUCCCUGUCUCCAGUUCAGGGAGCAGCUGCAGUGGGGGUGGGGCUGGUGGGAGCCGUUUUGUGCUCAGGCAAGGCACUGUAUCUCCCACGUGUGUCCUCAGCUGUCCUGGACUUGGGCUGGACUGUGAGCAGCCCUGGGUUGGUAUACGGCAGGCACUCCUUAAUCGGCAGGCAUGAAACACGGCCUUCAUGGCCGCCAGGCCUCUGUGGGAGCAGCCCUUCCCCCUGGUUAGCUAUGGCACAGGAAAGAGCGCGGAGCCCAGGUGAGGCUUAGGUUGUUGCCUGGAGCUAACACCAAGCAGCUGGUUCCCCAGGGAGGUUUCCCGGGGAGGUUUUCGGGAAGUCGAGACCGCUGCUUUCAUAGGCUAAGCAUGCCCGUGGUGGUCAGUCAUGGGAGCAUUUCCAAGCGAACAGUAAGCAGAGGCUGGUGCUUCCUCAGGAGAGAAAACCCUGUCUGCUUCCACUAAACGCCAAGAAGAAGAGGGACAGACUAUCUGAAGCAUCUGGGUUCAUUUGUUCCCAUUUUUCCGAGACUGAAAGUGUUCCUUGAGAUGUUCCACUAUUUAUCUUUCACAGUGACUUCCUUCCCUGGGAAGACAUUCAUGUGGCCUCUUCCGGGAGGAAAAGAAGCACCUACUGCGUGCCGGCCACUCAGAGGCACUUUUAUAUUUAUGCUCUUUUAAGAUGGGACUAAGGGUUCAUCUCCUAGAAGGCUCCAAGUAAUGGCUAAACAAAACCACUAAGGGACAAGAGGGUUUUCUUCAAAGACCCCAGGUGGGAAUGCCUUCAAUCUGGAGGUCCUCAAAGACUCAUGCCCUGCAGCAUCUGCCCCCCCAGGCUCCUCCCCACUCAGACUCCUGCCACCGGGCCUGUGCUCCUCAGGUGGCUGAACCUGCAACCUGAGUUCUCCUAGAGUCUGUGGACCAAUAAGAUACGUAGUGUGUGUGUGGCCUUCUUUUUAAAACAUAACUAAAAAGGUCUUGUGGCAUUCUGCUUGAGUCAUCUUGGUGUUCAUCUUCAAGCCAGCAUCUCACUAUUUAUUGGCAGAGGCGUGUGUGUGUGUGUGUGUGUGUGUGUGUGUGUGUGUGUGUGUUUAUGCUAGUGUCCUCCUGCAGCUUUUUUCUUUUUUAAGGAAACCAAUCAUGUCACUGCCUAAGUUGGCAUUUUCUCGUGCUUCUAGUGUUUUGGCCAGGCCUCACUAACAUGUCUGUACUGACUCAGUGCUGACAUCAUGUUCAGGGAGGAGCUGGGUCAGAUUUUGACAGAGGGUAUGGGAAGAGAGAGGGGAGAAGAAAUUGACAUUUAUUUUAUUAUUUAUUUUAAAUGUUUACAUCUUCUUUGUGUUGUUCCAAGCCUGAAUAGAAACAGAUAGCAUUAAAGUACUCAGUUCCUCCCCCCCACCCCACACCCUGCUCUCUCUACCCCCUUUUUUCUAACUUAGGAUAACGAUGCUGUAUUUUGUUUGUUUGUUUCUAAAGUGAUUUGUGGACUUGUGCUGUAUAAACUGUAUUAAAAGGUUCUGUUUUUAAAGAUAAAUUGUCAUUCCUCUGGGGACAGUGGCUGCUAAGAAAUCUACAUUGUAAGAGAACACAAUGAAAGACCCUGGCCCUGUCUCUCAAAACUUAACUUUCUCUGUAUGAUUUAAAAGAAAAAAAAAUUCCAUUUAUUUUACUUUGUGGUUACUUGAUUUUGAGGAAGAAAAUAUUCAACUUUGUAUAAAGACUAGGUAUCAGGGUUUCUUUUGCAGUGGGAGGUGUAUAUAUCGUGUUUUGGUAUAUAGUAGAAACUCAAGCUUUGUGCAUCUGUGUUUGGGAUAUGACAAUGGCGUGGAGUGAAAUCUGCUAUUAGACCCUGGAGACAAAUGAGUUGUAACAAGGUGGAAUUUUAAUCACCUUUGUGGGCACCUUUUGUCCCCUCUUUUUAAAGUAAUGGUGAAAUGGCCCUAUUGGAGGGUCUCCAGGCAGGACCACAUGCUCAAAAAUCUUUGUACAGUUUUAAAAUUUUGAGGAGUAUCUCCGCUCAGAAGCAUCUCUGGUGGUGUGUGUUGUGUCGUUCUGUGUACUGUAUGUGACACAAGCCUACAGUAUUUGCACUAAGAAAAGCUUGUUAGGAGCUCGCUGCUAUGGAGGAAAGAACACAUUAAAACCUGUUUUCCCUCGGGGUUCGUUUUUGUCUUUCGUUCUUGUUGUUGUUAGCUUUCCCGCUUUCCACUGAGUAGCAUUUUGUAGAAUAAAAUGAAUUAAGAUCAAA